AUGUCGAAAGCAAAGGAUGUCUCUACACUCAUUGAAGUCACCAAAAACACCCAAACGCUCCUCACACACUACCAGUUGUCGCUUGCACCCAGCAAAACCAACACUGCCGCCACCAGCACCACUGCGAUCGCAUCCGCGUCCGUGCCUGAUGCUUCGACAGAAAUAGCGAAUCCGCUCGAACUGCUCCGAAGCAGCAGCACGCUGCUUAAAUCGCACACGACGACGCUCUCGCUGCUGCUCAUCAACCCGCCUCUAACGGCGUCUGCGAUCGUCACCAAGAUUGGCAAUGUGAGCGAAGGACCGCUGACCGGGGUCGUGGCCGCGGCGAGUUAUGUGCCUGGUGUGGGACAAGGGGGCGACGUGGGCGAAAUUAUGCGUGCGGAGAUGCGGGCGCAGGUCAAAGGGCUGCUGGCAAGCUGGAACGAGGUUUUGAGCAUUGUGCUUAGUAUUGCGCAGAAACAAGGGACGAAGCAAGGCGCGAGUGUGACGGAAGCUGAGAAACAACAAGUGCUUUCUGCCACGGGCAUGGUGUGGGAUGCGUGUGAUGGAGUAGAGAAACUAUGCAAAGACGGAGUGGUGGGGCUCGUGGUGAAGAAGGCUCAAGAGUUGCGGGCUGUGUUGCUCGACGCAAUCGAGGAGUUGAAGGAGUGGGGCGAAGACGUUGCAGACGAUGAAGAAGACGACGACGACGACGACGACAAGGCAGAGAACAGCGACCAAGAUGACGUUUUCGCAACGGAAAAUAAGUUGGGCAAAGAUGACAAAGAGCUCAAGGCUCUGUUGGAUAAGAGUCUCAAGAAGCUAAAGAUGAUGGGCAUAUUAUACCAGGCUCUUGUCAAGAGGAGGCUAAAAACAUAUCCUGCCUCCAAGGCAAUAACAGAAAAGGGAGAAGGGCAAGGAGAAGGAGAAGCGACACAGAGUCCGAGUGUCAAACUCAACGAGCUCAUGGGCGUGCUUAAACGUAUUCCAGAGACGGUUGAUGACAUUGCCGCUGCAUUUUAUGAUCUUGACGCGGAUGAGGCGCAAGAGAUGCUGGACCGAUGCUGUGGCGAGGCCAAGACAGCAGUCAACCUUGUGCGCACGAGUUGGAGUGGACAGGACGAUGAGUUCACAGCCUGGUCUGAGAAAUGGGUCGCAGCUCUUGAUGCUGCU